AUGCUACGGUCUUUGCAUCACCAGACAAGAUGCUUUGCCUCCUGCCCGGCACAGCUCAACAAAAUAAAAUAUUCCAAAACUCUACAACUACCACAGACCAACUUCAGUCCCAAGAUCCCGCGCGGAAGUGCUCGUGAUGAACUAAUCAAAAGAACCGGAGUCGACAUUUACCACUGGCAACAACAACAUAAAUCUACCCACACACCUUUUGUACUUCAUGAUGGACCACCUUAUGCCAACGGGAAGCUACACGUGGGCCAUGCGUUGAACAAAAUAUGUAAAGAUAUCAUUAUACGAUACCAGUUGAUUCAUCAAGAUAAAUUGAUCAAAUACCAACCGGGGUGGGAUUGUCAUGGGUUACCCAUUGAAUUGAAAGUGGAACACAAAUUGGGAAACUCCGAAUUUAAAGAUCCAGUCGGGACAAGAAAGGCAUGUAGAGAGUAUGCUAUGACCAUGAUUAAUGAACAACGUCAAGAGUUUUUGGAAUUCGGUAUAAUGACUGAUUUCAACAAGCCGUAUGUUACGAUGGACCACAAGUUUGAGAGUAAUCAGUUGCAAGUGUUUAGCAAGUUGGUUGAAAAUGGCCUAUUGAGCCAACAGUUGAAGCCAGUAUGGUAUGGAUGUGAUACGCAAACGGCAUUGGCCGAAGCUGAGUUGGAAUAUAAUGACAAACACAAGUCAGUAGCGAUUUAUGUUAAAUUCCCCGUUGUAAAUGAAGAUAAAUUUGCAAGUAUCGUGAGGCAGAAUAGCCAUCAUCUGCUUUCGCCAAAUGAUCAUGUCAAGUUGUUGAUUUGGACGAGUACGCCAUGGACCAUACCGGCAAAUAGAGCGAUUUGCGUGAGUGAAAACUUGACAUAUACACUCAUCAAGAAAAACGACGAGGUGCUAGUAGUUGCCAAGACUUUGGUUGAUGAUGUACUCAGAUUAGAUCUGGAGUACAUCCAUAUUGAUGUCGAUAUUCCUGGUGCCGCAUUGAUUGGUGUACAAUAUGUUAACCCAGCAGCCGAGGAUGAUGUGCCAAGACCGGUGAUACAUGGUGACCAUGUUGUCGGUACAGCUGGUACUGGUUUAGUCCACAAUGCGCCAGCCCAUGGACGUGAAGACUACAUCGUUGCCAAACAAAAUGGCAUCAAGAUUGAUUCUUCUUGUGUUGAUAACAGGGGGAAAUACAUUGUUGAUGAACUUCCACCGGGUUUCCAAAAAUUGGGUCCGUUGAAAGUGAAUGAAAUUAGAUCGAAUAUGUUGUGUGUUGAUGUGUUGAAACAACAUGAUAUGAUUUACAAUCUCAACAAGAAUUUUAUUCAUUCGUAUCCUUAUGAUUGGAGAUCACAAACGCCAGUCAUCCAACGCGCUACUCCCCAGUGGUUUGUUAACGUUGAUAAGAUCAAGCCAUUUGCUUUGGAAGCAUUGAGCAAGGUGGAGUUCCAUCCGACAAGUGGAUACAACAGGUUAAUGUCAUUUAUUGAGAAUAGAGACGAAUGGUGUAUUUCAAGACAAAGAUCGUGGGGAGUUCCGUUACCAAUUGUAUACGAUGCCGAUACACAUAAGCCAGUAAUGGACUUGGAUGUGAUUAAUCACAUAAUCAACAAGGUUGACGAGUUUGGUUCUGAUGAAUGGUUUGUCAAAGAAUCAGAUAUAAGUCGUUGGUUGCCGUCAAAUAUGUCGGGAACUAAAUACUACAAGGGCCAAGAUACGAUGGAUGUCUGGUUUGACUCCGGUACCUCUUGGACCACGUUGCGUGAUAAGAUUGAACAAUGUAACGAGACUACAGAACCAUUGGCUGAUGUGUAUCUUGAAGGAAGUGAUCAACAUCGUGGCUGGUUCCAGUCAUCUUUAUUAAACAAGGUGAUUUACUCUGGUGAAAAAGGCACCACAUUCCAGCCAGUUGCACCUUACAAGGCGGUAAUUACUCAUGGAUUUAUCACUGAUGCACAUGGACAGAAAAUGUCCAAGACUAAGGGGAAUAUUUUUGCCCCACAUGAAGCAAUUGAAGGUUGCAAGAAACCUUGGACGCCACUUUUGGGUACCGAUGGGUUGAGAUUAUGGGCAGCAUCGUCAAAUUACCAGCAGGAUGUCGGGUUCCACCCAGAGGUGUUGACUAGGGUCAGUGAGGUGGGUAAGAAAUAUCGCGUUACAUUUAAAUACCUUUUGGGAAAUUUGUACGAUUUUGCAACUCCUGUUGAAUAUAGCCAGUUGAGUGAUUUGGACAAGUACAUCCUACACACAUUGCAUCAAUUACAAUUGACUUGUGCUGGUUAUUACCAGUCAUACAAUUUUUCUCGCGUUGUUAGUUCGGUUAAUUCCCAUGUCAAUUCGAUAUUGAGUGCUAUUUAUUUUGACGUUUCUAAAGACUGCUUGUAUACUGACAAGUCCGACUCAAUUAAACGCCGAGCCAUACAAACAGUAUUGAAUGAGAUCUUGAAAACGUAUGUUGGGAUCUUGGCUCCUAUUCAACCAUUGACAGUACAAGAAGUUUGGGAUGAGUAUGUUAAAAUCAACAAGAAUGUAACUGACUCUCCAUUUAAGGAACCUUGGAGUACUUAUGGAUUACCCCAAUCGUAUGUCAACCACGACUUGGAUUUGCAAUUUAGUGCGUUUUUCAAAUUGAGAGAUGAGAUUUACAAGGAGAUUGAGACGUUGAAGCAGAAUAGUUUCUUUAAGAAUAAAUUAGAGUUGGAAAUCGUCUUGACGAAUACACUGGGCAAUAACAACUCAUCAUUGUUUGAGUUCCUCAAACGGAAUGAAUCAUACCUCGAUGACAUGUUUUUGGUUUCCAAAACAACUCUUGUUGAAAAUGGGAAUGGCGGUGCAGUCGAUGUGGAUAAUUUACAAACUGUAGACAUCAACGGUGACAAAGUUGGUGUUUCUGUGAAACUUUCAGAUGAUCACAAGUGUGGCAGGUGUUGGAAAUUCACUGCAUCUGAACCAGAAUCAUUAUGUGGUAAAUGCAAAGAUGUUGUAAAUAGCAUACAGUAA